AUGGAUAUAACAGUCGCUCAAGAACAAUUUUUUCCGUUUUACAUCAUUGAAAGAGAGCUAUAUAAGACUCUGGUGAUCAACCUUUACCGAGAAGCAAAAGAGUCCAUGCAGGUUCUCGCAUUAUGGCUCUGGCUAGAACGCAUAGGAUAUAGAAACGUGAUCAUCAACAUAUGCUCUUCAUCAUACUACGCUUCAAUCACUGACCUUGCUGAUGAGGGAGUUACCUGUCUUAACUGUAUCAAUAGCACCUCUACACAUUUAACAUUUGAUGAAGAAGACUAUGGCAUUCCCCUUAUGCGUAGCCUCAUUGACAAGAACCUCUCUCUCAAAUUUUUUUAUGAAAAUAAGGGUUUGGUGAUUCAAGGGGUGGCCACUAUGUUGCAAGAAGUGUGUGUCAGAGCUUUUAGUGAUAUCAUGCAACAAGUUACUACAGGAAUUUCAAGUCAACAAGUGGAGAUAACAAGUUCAAAAGAUGUUGAAGGUGACAAAUCUGAAGUCAUAGCAAUUUCUUCUAAUAAGCUUGAUAAAGUUGAAGAUGUGGAAGUGGAAUCAAACUCCCUAGCAGCACCAACCAAUAUGAUGAGCCAUGACUACAUUGACAUAGAUAAUUUUUAUUUCAAGAAGAAGAAAUUUAUUUUAUUUUAA